AUGGAUUGUUUUAAUUUAGUGCUUUUGGAGAAGCUAUUUAACAAAUAUACAAAAAAUGGUUGCAUAGAUGAUCUCAAAUAAUGGCAUGGGUUCUUAGAAUUUUUAUAUGUGAAUCAAUUAUUUGAUCCCAACGAUAUGCUUAAGAUUAAAGAUAGCGUUAUUUAUUUCCCUUUAGUGUUUGAGAAUCUUAUGAAAAUCUUUGCAAAUGCUAAUAUUGUACCUGCAUUGUAAGAAAUGUCUAGAGAAUUAGACAAACUUUAUAAUUAAGUCAAUGAUUGUAGGACAACAUUAAAAAACUGGAAUUAUUAAACUUUUUCAGUUGAGGACAUGAAAUACACAACAAAAACAUAUGAAGAAAUAGAGAAAGAAUUUCAAGACUUUAAGAAUGAAUUCGAUGAUUUUGCAGCAGAUGUGAUUAUUGUAAACUAACCUAUACAAUCCCUAAAAAGUGUUGUGAAGUCUUUUCCAAUAAUUGAAUCUGUAUUGUAUGACUGUUAUCCAAGAAUCCUUAGGAGUAUUUAAGUAGUAAUCGAGAUAAGAUAGACCGAGAAUAUGCAAAAAUUAGAGUGAAAUCUGUUUAAUACAGGAAUUAAGCAAUUAAAAUAUUGAAAUAAGGAUAAAUAAAAGUUUAGGUUGGUUACGAUCAUAUGAACGAUGCUCCUGUUGAAGUAUGGUUAAUACCAAAGUAAUAUUUAAAUUUUAGGUUAGAUGUAUGUGGAGAUAACAAGAAUAAUGUGAAUUAUUGAACACAUUUGAAGCUCAUCAUGAAUUGAUUUUAUCUUAAUUUUUUCCUAAGUAUUUGGGAUAAGAUUUGUUAUCAGAUGAAAAUAACUUUUAGCAUUUUAUGGAAUUGAAGAGAGGACAUACAUUAAAAUAUUUACUUAAGUAAUCUAAAAAACCACUGACUCCUGAUUACUUAUUUUUUAGAACUACUAUGAGAUAAGUUUUUGGAGGUUUAUAUGAUAUUUUAAGAAUGACCAGAUAUUAUCCUGUUUUACCAAUAACACUAGCAAACAUCUAAGUUGGAAACGAUGGAGUCUAAAUUUAUUUACGUAAUGUCAGAUUUACGGAAUUGAGAGAGGAUGAUUAACACUUAGAAGCAACUUUAUUGGAGAACUUUGCCUAAAUUAUUAUGUCCACUUUAGGAAGUAAAUUAAUAAUAUUAUUAUUAUAUAGUGAAAAGGUCAGAUGUUGGAAAAUUGGGAAAAUAUUUGGAUUGGAAAAAUCUAUUGUAAGGUUUGUUUAAUGCGGAAGAAGACCAUUAACUUUAUAAAAGUAUUUGAUUAUAUAACUUCACUAUAAUAGAAGGCGUUAUUUAGGAAAGAUUAACCUUUUGUUAAUUACUUAAUCACGAUUUAUUUGAUGAUGAAUUAUUGAGUAACUUUGAAGUGAGUGAAGUUGUUUAAAGUUAUCAUGAUUGGAUUUCAUGAAUUAUUCAAUUUUAUUUAUAGUAAUUUUUUGUUUAAGUANUCCCUUUAGUGUUUGAGAAUCUUAUGAAAAUCUUUGCAAAUGCUAAUAUUGUACCUGCAUUGUAAGAAAUGUCUAGAGAAUUAGACAAACUUUAUAAUUAAGUCAAUGAUUGUAGGACAACAUUAAAAAACUGGAAUUAUUAAACUUUUUCAGUUGAGGACAUGAAAUACACAACAAAAACAUAUGAAGAAAUAGAGAAAGAAUUUCAAGACUUUAAGAAUGAAUUCGAUGAUUUUGCAGCAGAUGUGAUUAUUGUAAACUAACCUAUACAAUCCCUAAAAAGUGUUGUGAAGUCUUUUCCAAUAAUUGAAUCUGUAUUGUAUGACUGUUAUCCAAGAAUCCUUAGGAGUAUUUAAGUAGUAAUCGAGAUAAGAUAGACCGAGAAUAUGCAAAAAUUAGAGUGAAAUCUGUUUAAUACAGGAAUUAAGCAAUUAAAAUAUUGAAAUAAGGAUAAAUAAAAGUUUAGGUUGGUUACGAUCAUAUGAACGAUGCUCCUGUUGAAGUAUGGUUAAUACCAAAGUAAUAUUUAAAUUUUAGGUUAGAUGUAUGUGGAGAUAACAAGAAUAAUGUGAAUUAUUGAACACAUUUGAAGCUCAUCAUGAAUUGAUUUUAUCUUAAUUUUUUCCUAAGUAUUUGGGAUAAGAUUUGUUAUCAGAUGAAAAUAACUUUUAGCAUUUUAUGGAAUUGAAGAGAGGACAUACAUUAAAAUAUUUACUUAAGUAAUCUAAAAAACCACUGACUCCUGAUUACUUAUUUUUUAGAACUACUAUGAGAUAAGUUUUUGGAGGUUUAUAUGAUAUUUUAAGAAUGACCAGAUAUUAUCCUGUUUUACCAAUAACACUAGCAAACAUCUAAGUUGGAAACGAUGGAGUCUAAAUUUAUUUACGUAAUGUCAGAUUUACGGAAUUGAGAGAGGAUGAUUAACACUUAGAAGCAACUUUAUUGGAGAACUUUGCCUAAAUUAUUAUGUCCACUUUAGGAAGUAAAUUAAUAAUAUUAUUAUUAUAUAGUGAAAAGGUCAGAUGUUGGAAAAUUGGGAAAAUAUUUGGAUUGGAAAAAUCUAUUGUAAGGUUUGUUUAAUGCGGAAGAAGACCAUUAACUUUAUAAAAGUAUUUGAUUAUAUAACUUCACUAUAAUAGAAGGCGUUAUUUAGGAAAGAUUAACCUUUUGUUAAUUACUUAAUCACGAUUUAUUUGAUGAUGAAUUAUUGAGUAACUUUGAAGUGAGUGAAGUUGUUUAAAGUUAUCAUGAUUGGAUUUCAUGA